AUGGCAGCCACCGUUACUGAGAGCAGCUCUGAGGAUCAAUCCAGACGAAUAUUCUGCAAGAACCCAUUUCUCAAUAUCAAGUUUUUUGUGCUCUGCCAUGGGUUUCUCCAGCUGUCCCAGCUCCUGCUAUCUGGCUAUCUGAAAAGCUCAAUUUCAACAAUUGAGAAGCGGUUUGGCUUAUCCAGUCAGACAUCCGGAUUGCUCGCUUCCUUCAAUGAGGUUGGGAACACAUUGCUGAUAGUCUUCGUAAGUUACUUUGGAAGCAGAGUGAACAGGCCCCGUUUCAUUGGCUGCGGCGCUAUUCUUGUAUCCAUAGCUGGGUUUCUCAUGUCUCUUCCUCACUUUAUAACCGGGCCCUACGAAUAUGACCAGUCCAUUGCCAGUGUGUUCAGCAACUCUACUGAUCUCUGCCAACCUGAUAUAUCCACCAGAAACCUCAGUGACACAGACUGCACCCCACAUGCCGUGAAAGAAAACCGCGAGGUCCUGCUGAUCCUGUUUAUUGGCCAGGCUUUGCUAGGGAUUGGAGGGGUCCCCAUCCAGCCCUUUGGGAUCUCUUACAUUGACGAUUUUGCCAGUGAGAGAAACUCACCUCUCUAUUUAGGAAUCCUGUUUGCUCUGACUAUCAUCGGACCUGGCGUGGCAUUCAUGUUAGGAUCUGCCAUUUUGCGCUUUUAUGUGGACAUUGACAAAGUUCCCCCAGAGGAAAUUCAGCUCACUAACAAAGAUCCUCGAUGGGUUGGAGCCUGGUGGCUUGGCUUCCUGGUCGCAGCCACUCUCGUGGCCUUAUCUGCCAUCCCUUAUUUCUUCUUCCCAAAAGAAAUGCCUAAAGAGGUGGUGAAAGGGAGCAAGAGUAAAGUUAAGACGAGCAAAGACCUACUGAACCAGCUUAAAUCCAAAUCGGAAAUCUUGCAAAACCUCUCCUUAACCCAGUUCAUAAAAAUCUUUCCUGUGGUUUUGUUGAGAAAUCUCCGGCAUCCAGUCUAUCUGCUGGUGGUUUUGGCCCAAGUCAAUCUGUCUGCCAUGGUUGCCGGUUUAGCAACAUUCAUGGGCAAAUUCCUGGAGAGGCAGUUCUCUCUCACUGCAUCAUUUGCCAACAUGAUCAUAGGUUCUGUGAACAUCCCCGGGGCAAUGGUUGGAAUAGUGGUGGGUGGCGCCAUCAUGAAGAAGUUCCAAAUGACUCUGAAACAGUGUGGCGGCAUGUGUGUCAUUGGCAUGCUCCUCUGUGUGAUCUUUGCCUUUCCCCUCCUCUUCCUGGGCUGCCCUACGCAGAAAGUUGCUGGCCUUAACUACAGACGAAGCUCUGAUGUUGGACAACACUCUUUUGAAUGUAACAGUAAAUGCAACUGCCUCGAUAAGGCCUAUAACCCUAUAUGUGGGGCUGAUGGGAUUGAAUACAUCUCUCCAUGUUUUGCUGGCUGUGAAGUUGUAAACUCUGAUGUGGUUGAAAAUAAAGUUCUGAAUUAUACACACUGCAGGUGCAUCUCUGCAAACGGGACUGAAGGAUCCGCCUCCCCUGGGACCUGUGGCACAAAUUGCUUCCACCUCCUCUUACCCUUUGUUGUACUUUCCUGCCUGGCUGGAAUCCUGGCAAGCACGUCGCACACACCAUCCUUCAUGCUCAUCCUGAGGAGCGUUCAGCCUGAAGAUAAGUCAUUUGCUAUUGGGAUACAGUUCCUGCUGCUGAGAAUUUUAGCCUGGAUGCCAGGACCGGUGCUUUAUGGCAGUGCCAUCGACACAACCUGCAUCCUGUGGGAAAAGAAGUGCAAGAAGAAUGCAGCUUGCAGAUACUACGACAACGAUCUCUUCAGACAAAGAUUCCUUGGGCUCCAGUUUUUCUUUGAAGUGGGAGCUUUUCUGUGCUUCGUGGCUGUGUUCAUCAUUCUCAGACGACAAGAGAGGGAAACCAGGAAUGCCGCAGAGCCAAAGACAAUCCCAGAGAAAGAGAAGCUGGCAGAAAAGUCAAGCAAAAACCUAGACUCCAAAGUCUGA